AUGAAGAACUAUUAUCUAGCCACCUUGUUCCUCGCUUUGAUGGGCACCAUAUCAGCCGACGAGAGCAACGCCUGCCCCGACACCAGCGACUGUGAAAUGCUUCACCAUGGCCUGCGACUUCUAGACCGGGCUUCUGAUUUCGGUCAGUGCUUCGAUGGUUGCUUGGAUGAUGAGAGAUCGUGUUGCAACCAGACCUGUGCCCAUCCACUAACCUGCCGCACCAACUUUGCCAAUUGUCACAUCAAGUGUCGGGACUAUGGUGUUCCUGAACACUUCCAGUGUCUGGACACUUGCAUCAUUGCUUGGAACAACUGCAAAGUGGAGCCGGUUACCGAUGAUCAACUUUUGGAUCAUAACGAACAUUGCAAUAGGGAUUUCCUUAGUUGCAGACGCCGUUGUCGGGAAUAG